UGUGUGUCAUUUGUGUUCACCAUCAGGCGCAUAGCAAGUGGGACAGCAUGGUGGAGGAGCCAGCAGAAAUAGAGAUGUCACAGGAGCUUUCCACACUCUAUUUGAACAGCAGCCUCCAGAACGAUUACAUAAACAACAGUAAUGUCACCAACCACACCGGUAUCACCUACUACCCUUACUACCAGCACUCUCUACCUGUGGCUGCCGCCCUGACUAUGGCCUACCUCUUCAUUUUCCUGCUGUGCAUGGUUGGAAAUGGCUUGGUGUGUCUCAUUGUGCUGGAGAACCGGCGGAUGAGAACAGUCACAAACCUUUUCAUCCUCAACCUGGCUGUGAGCGACCUUCUGGUGGGGGUUUUCUGUAUCCCGACAACCCUGGUGGACAACCUCAUUACAGGUUGGCCGUUCACAAACACAGUCUGUAAGAUGAGUGGCCUGGUGCAGGGCAUGUCCGUGUCUGCUUCUGUGUUCACGCUGGUGGCCAUCGCAGUGGACAGGUUCCGUUGCAUUGUGUACCCAUUCCAACCCAAACUCAGCCUGCUGGUUGCCAAGGUGACCAUAGUGAUGAUCUGGGUGCUCGCUGUGGUCAUUAUGUGUCCAUCGGCUGUGACGUUAACUGUGGAGAGAGUGGAGCAUCAUUACAUGGUCCACAAUGAAGACUACAACCAUACAUACCCACUUUUCUCAUGCUUUGAGAACUGGGCCAACCCAGAGAUGAGAAAAGUCUACACCACCGUCCUGUUCGCACACAUUUACCUCAUUCCCCUCACCCUGAUAACUCUUAUGUACGGACGAAUUGGGAUAAAACUCUACACCACUUCUGUGAUCUCUGGGAACGAUCAGCAUGAAAGCAGACAGCCUCACGUCUCGCCUCCGGCCCCUGGAGUCCAGCAGGAAGGUCGGCCCCUCAUUUCCCAAAAGAAGAUCAAAGUGAUUAAGAUGUUGAGUGUUGUGGCCUUGUUAUUCACACUCUCUUGGCUGCCUCUGUGGACCUUGAUGCUCCUCACAGACUAUGGAGGUCUAAAUGAAGAAGAGUUAGACCUCCUGAGCGGCUACGUGUUCCCGUUUGCUCACUGGUUGGCGUUCUCGAACUCGAGCGUCAAUCCUAUUAUCUACGGGUACUACAAUGAGAACUUCAAGAGGGGCUUUCAGGCGGUGUGCAGGACGCAUUCGUGCUGCUGCGGUGGAAUGAGGGUGAGGGGCGGAAUGCGACAGAAAGCUAGAGGAGACACGAGGGAUCCAGUGGCAAACUCCAAUCCCUUGAAUUUCGGAGCAAGGAACCGGGUGUACACCGACGGCGUUACCAAGAACUCCAGGAUGUGUCUGGAGUUGGAGCACAGGAGAACUGGCCGACUUUGUAAUAACUCGGUCUGCUCGAAUGACACAGGAUCCAGUGCGGGAUCUGGGAUCAAAGGGGUUACAAACCAAAAAGUGUUUCAGAUGGAGGAGCUGGAGAAAAUAAGUCCUGUCAGGGUGGGAAAAAACCAAGCCUGGGAUCAAUAGAAGGAUUAUUCAUGCCAUUAACUGACUCAGGUUGUGGGCAAUUAAGACUCCACAGAUCUUUAAUUUACAGUAGAUUAAUCAAUUGACAAGUAGAACAAGUCAGUCCUAAAGUUCUAAUCUCUUGCUAGGAAUACCGGGAAUAAUUCCCUUCUCAAAGUCUAAGUGAACUACUUUUUGUACAAGGUUAACAUUAAAGGCUAAGAUUUCCAGUGCAAAUGACGUUAAAAGAGGCUGAAGUCAUAUACUGUAUAAAGAAAUAUUGUAUAGUACAUCAUUUGUUUACAGAGAUUCUACUGUAUAUAGCCAAACUGUGCCACUUGUAUCAUCCGCAUUAAACUUCAACUUUUCGAUUUUAAUAUAAUUUUAAUUAGACUCUCAGGAAAAAAUAGUACAAAAUCUGUCUCUGGGGUGGUAGCAAUUUGUAUUUAUUUAUUUAUUUAUUUAUUAUGUUAUUUGUGCCUGAAGGGAGAAUAUUAAUACCUUAAUGGUACAUAUUAGUACCUAUAGUGUAUAUACAAGUACCAAAUUGGUACAAAUGAUUCCCUAUUGAAACCCGCCCCAGUGACAGCUUUUGUACCUUUUUUCAGAAAAUUCAUACCAAAAAUGUUUACACAUUUAAAAUACACCUUCAACAUUUAACAGGACAAUCUGUUUGGUGAAGGUCUCCAUUUGAAACAUUGUACUAUGGUAUUAAACCUUUCCGGUAUUUGAAUCGGAGUAUGUGAAAUGUCAUUUAAGCCAAACUGUUUUCUCAUAUCAGGCAACAAGCUGCGUUCACCAGCUGGGCCGUGUUUAUCUUUUCUCAAGACGGUAUUGUGCAGUUGCCUGAAAUGUGCAUUUGUAUUAUUUGUAUUGUAUUUGUAUUUGUCCAUUGUAUGUAAAUGAGCACAGGUUUGAAAAUCAGUGGAGUCAACCGUUCAUGGUAAAUACCAAAGGGGACAGAUGCUGUCAUACGAUAACUACUGUAGAGUAAAAAAAACAGCAGUGCAGUGAAGAUGCGAAGAAUGAGUAUAAUCUAUGAUUAUGACUCUGUUCUACUGUUCACUGUGUGUUCUUACUGGUCUGCGCCAAUUGGAUUUAAGACCUAACUUUUGCUUUAGUACAUUUUGAUGUCUCAUUAUAUACUUAAUGCUGUAAUACCAAGUAGAAUGUUCUGUAAAUGGUCUGUAAAGAGAAUGAAUGUGAUCAAUGAAUAGCCAUUACACCUAAAUGUGAUUUUGGGCUUUGCACCAGCUCUUUGAGGAUGGUCACACACAACGCCUCUUAGUAUAUCACACCACUGAAGAUGAGCUUUAUCCAACAAAGACCAGAACACUUGAGCAAGCCAGCACCAAUGUGAGAGACAAUCUUAUAGACAUACUGUACGGGGAUGAGAAGUUUAAGAGUAGGAUUACCUUCAGUUCAGAGGUUUAAAAUAAACUGGAAAAGUCCCAUAUUAAGUUAAAUCGGAUUAUAAACUGGAACGACAGGAAGAGGAUUUUACUCUGCAACUUCAAGAAGAAAUUCAGCAGUCAGAUAAUAGAGGAACUGCAUUACUGCAACAACAUUGCCAGUUGUGUGUAAAAUAAAUUCAUUCAUGAGCAUAAGAGACUUUUUAAUUUUACCAUCCCCAAUAAACGGAACAAACAAAACAAAAUAAAAAAACAUCUUAAUUACAACUAACUGUUCCUUACCUUUAAAAUGCUAGUAAUGUGAUACAGUGACAGCUAUUUUUAAAUUAUUGAUUAUGUCAUCAUCAUCAUCUUUUUUUCACCACUUGGGUUCACCUUGGGUCUUGAAAAUCUUUUAAAUGGCUUUUAUUGAUUUCAUGACAUUGGGAAACUAGCUGUACUGCAGCAAUGCAGAAAUGUCUUGUUUUUUUCUGGGAAUUUGCUAGAAUGUGCCCAGAAUCAUUACUUUCAGGUGUCAGAAAAUUAAUGACAAAAAAUAAAGCUAAUUUUCGUAAAAAUACUUUGUUCUGACAAAAAAGGUCAUUUUUAUAAUAACAAAAAAAAAAAAAUGUUAUCAACAAUCUCUGUAUACUUAUAAAGAAAUUACAUUUGUCAUUUGUAUUUGGAGUAAGAAUUAAAAGCUUUUGCAAUGCUAAUGAAGCACAUAAUUCAUUACAAAUCGAGCUCCACCAGCAGACAUUAUUUAUGUAUUAUUUUUUUUGCAGAACUAUCAGAAACAAUCAGAGUCAGUGUGGGCAGAAUUAAUACUGUCAGGAUCAUCAGUCACCUUGCCUGUCAUCUCUGCACAAAAUAAUCUCUUUUCAUCUUCAAACACAUCACGAUCACCACACCUGUCUGCCAUCCUCAUCAACUCUCCAUAAAACCAGCUCCACACACACAGGCUUGUUUGGUCUCGUCGAUGGCUAACACUGCAUCUGUUUGGAUUGUAACUCUCCUGAAGAAUAGGCUACUUACCUCAUUGAUACUCUCCUCGUCCCUAUAUCCGCUGCUCUGCUGCCUGUCAUUUCAUUCAGCUCCAUUUAUAAGGUGUUUUGAUUUAGUAAAACUUACCGGUCUGUCCAGUGUGUGUUUCCCGGAAAAAUACACUACUUACAAUUUUAAAAAGCAAUUAUUUCAAAAAGAUGCACAUUUACAGUAUAUAGUUCACUAUUACAAUAAAAGUGUUUAAGAAAUAAAGACCAAUUAUAAAAAGACUUGAUCAU